UCCUCUUCUUCACUAUCACACCUUCACACUUUUAUUGUUGCAUUCUCCUGUUCAUUAAGUAUACUUUUUUUUUCUCUUUGGACACAAUGAAGACAGGAGUAAGUUUACUAACAUGUUUUGCUCUGUUUAUCUUCAACCACACAACAGGUGUCAAUUAUGGUUAUGGUGUUUGGAGCUGUUUGUAUAGUGGAGAAGAUGGCAGUGAUGUUGUGUUUAUUUUCAAAUUAUACUACAACAAGCAGCUCUUUUUAUCAUUCAACAGUACAGAGUGGAAAUUUAUCGGCUACACAGAUGAAGCAAAACUAGUGGAUACAUUUAUCCAAAAGUACUAUAAGAGCGUGUUUGAGGAUAUUGAAAGACAUAUACAAGAAUGCAGCACACAAAUGGCAUCUAAAGGAUUAAAGUAUCUUCCAUUAUCAGUACAAGAGCCUCAAGUCCGAGUGUUCUCCACUAAAGCAGGAAGCAGUCACCAACCUGGCAUGCUGGUGUGCAGCGCCUAUAGUUUCUAUCCCAAAGCCCUCACUCUGACAUGGCUGAGGAACGGGGAGGAGGUGACGUCUGGUGUGACGUUCACUGAUGAGAUGUCCAAUGGAAACUGGCUUUACCAGAAGCACUCCUACCUGGAGUACACACCUACAGCAGCAGACCAGAUCUCCUGCAUGGUGGAGCAUGCCAGCCUCUCCACUCCUCAGCUCUACCCACUGGAGAACUUUCCAGAGUCGAGAAGAAACAAGCUGAUAGUUGGGACUGCAGGGCUGCUGCUGGGACUGGCCUUUCUUAUUGCUGGAGUCAUUUAUUACAAAAAACACACAGAAGGUCAUGUAUUGGUGCCCCAAUAUUAAGAAAAUGGACAGAAGAGGAAUAGACCUGCAAUUGUUGUUUUAUUUUUAGCAGACUCCACUUAAUAUUUAUUAGUCAAGGUUUGUCUUUUAAAACAUUGUAAUUUUCUUCUUAAAUUUGAAGGCUUUUAGACUUUAGAUUUUAUUAUGUUAGUCACCAAUAAUAGUGAUACAUUUUUUGCAGGGAUGAAAAGUAAAUACUCAUGUUACUGUAACUGAGCAGAUUUUUUAGGUAAUUAUAUUUUUUGAGUAGAUUUUUAAACCUGUAUUUGUACUUGUUGAGCAUAAUUCUAGCCAUGUUAUUGGAAUUAGUUAUAUUUAAAUUCAUAUGAGUACUGAGUACAGCACAAGUCUCCAUCCACAACUGCCUCUGCCCGUUUCUAUACCUACAAAUACAAUUACCAGCACAGUAUUGUGAUUGUCUGGCUAAAUAGGACACAAGAUACUGUGCUGAGAAUAUGCAGAUUGUGGUUUGAAACAACUAAAUUCAGCUUUAAACUGUUCAACUUAUAUAAAAAGAUAAUCCAAAAUGUGGCUGAUCUAUCUGAAAAGUAACUAGUACUCUAGUAUUUUUGUAUGUGUAUUUUUACUUAAAAGUGUUUAACUGUCACGGACUGACUCUGUCUAUAUGUGGUCCCAGUUGUCUCAGCACACCCAUCCUCAGGACCCUGCGUUGUGUUUAGUGAUGUAUGAAGGGCCAUAUGGGGUCUGGAGAGCAGGACACAGCGUUUGUGUUUUAUUUGGUUGGGUUUUAAAUUUUAUUUUUAUUUUUAUUGUGGAAUUAGUGGCAGCCAGCACAUUUAUUUUGAUGAAUUCCAAUAAAGACGACAGUUGACUCAUGGGAUCUUAUGGAGUAAGGGCAGAAAGAAGAGUGCUAAUUAGUAAUUGAAUACAAUAAUUACUAAUUAUAAUUAGUAAUCUAAUAUAAUAAUUAUUAAUUAUAAUUACUUAUCUGCAGUCCAAGACGUGUACAAUAAUAAUAAUAAAAUAUUAUAAAAUAAAAAUGUAUUUAACAUAUUAUCUAGUGCAAACCAACAACGCACCAAAAGGUAAUGGUCACCACUAGCGUAAAUUCAAGUGUAAAGUAAACAAACAAAACAAUGUGCUCCAGUUGCUCAGAACAGUACUGAUAGUUAACAGAACAUUUUAACAUAUUUGGUGCAAUAAACUUGCAGAUGGCAAAUAUUGACCAAGAUGUUGAUAGUAGGGCUGGGCAAAAAAAAAUAAAUAAAUAAAUUAAUUGCAUGACUUCGAGUGAUUAAUCGUGAUUAAUCGCAAUUAAUUGGAUGUUAUACGCAAAAUCAAUUAAUGAAUUAAAAAGUAUAAGAGUAUAACAGUAUA